CAAAAUGAAACGUCAAAUCGUCAAAACUCAAAACAAUAUUACUAAUUUUGAUUUUUGAAAUACAUGUGUUUUCGUGUGUAUUCAGUGGAUAUAAAAUAAAUUAUUAAUUUUAAUUUAAUACCUUAUAUAUUCACUAAAGUGUAAAAAUCAAUAAUAUUCGAAACUAGUUCACAGCAUUGUUAUUUUGGGUAUACUAUUUUUGUCCGCUCUACAUUUAGUGCAUUGAUAUAAUUUUGACACCUAGGAAAAGAAUGAGUUCCUGCAGGAUUGCACCGCGCAUGGUAUUAUUGUAAUGGUGAUAAUGUCGUGUGCCGGCAUGGGCGAUGUUGGGUUGCGCGAGCGCUUGCCCGCCCUCUGGCGGCGGAUAGAGGACGCGCACUAUAGCUACCUGGAGACCGAUGAUAGUCCGGAGAAACUACAGCAGAAGAAGAAGCUACAAGGUUACAUAACAGAAUACCUGUGUCUCGUGCCUCAUGAGUGUAAAUUUGGCCUCUCUGAAACCGGCAAGGUGUUCCAACGUACGAUCAACGAAUUGCCUGAUUAUAGUGCGUAUAGAGCUGGUAUAGGAUGGGCGGCUGUUGCUAGGUACGCUGGCAAUCUACUCGCUCAACCCUGGAGGAAGGAGUAUAAGGUUAUACGGCUAUAUUCGGGCUUCUACAAACACGAAGUGGAAGCAAAUCUAACAGGCGCGGAAGUAUUGUUACACGCGCUGGGGUAUCGCGCGUCGGGCUCGGGCCGGCUUGCGCUAGACGGGCCCGCGUGCCCCGACAUGGCGGCCGCGCUCUCAAGGGACGCUCUCAUUGCACAGUGCGAGUGCCAGAUAAUGUCCCAAAUAUGGGAGUCCGUAUGGGGCAAUGGUGGUCGCGUGUCGUGGGCUGAGAUCGCGAGGGACCGGGCUUCUUUCCCGUCAGAUAUUAGUACUGCAGCUACUAGGCUUAUUGGAUAUGCUGAAGAAGCAGAAAUCUAUUCGAACAUUCCCGCACAAUCUGACCCUCGACGAUCGCUGGAUAGCAACUACCCUCUCCCUUGUAACUGUCCGGAAAUAGAGGAACCGAUACAACCCCUAAUUCACCCUUACAUGAUGCAAAAUAUGCUCCCUCAAAUGAUGUAUCCACCAGAUAUGUCGAUGCAAGUCCCUCAAUGUAACCCGGUCCCCAUCAUGGCCCCGUACGUGCCCUACUACUACCCCGUACAGGCCCCAUACAUGAUCCCCACACCGGUUUACGCGCCAAUAAAACACGCGACAAAUGUACCAGUAAAUGGAUAUCCACCGCAGUACAGACUGCCAUCAGUUCCUUCAGUACCGACCGCACAAUUGAUCGAAUUAGAUUACGAGAAAGAUGUAGAAAGAAACGACAAACGACGGCACAGGCACGAGUCAAAGAAAACUUCCAAAACGACGUACAGUGAUGUGUCGUUACCGAGCUUUCCAAGAUCAGACACACAACCAACGUUAAGUAAGGCAAAAGAAGAUGGGAUGGGGACGUAUGAAAGCUGGGAUUAUGUAUUCAGAAAUCUAUCGAGUAAGCACCAAGAAGGAGAUAGUAGGAGUGGUUUUUCGCAAUCUCUAGACAGGGAUUCAAGAACGCUAGAUAGACUGGAUAGAGAAGAAAAGAGAUCUAAAUACCAGCCUACUACGCUCGAUUUAGAAGAUGGGUUACAAGCGUUAAAUCUAGACAGAUCGUACGACGAGGAAAUGUACCGAACCGCUAAAGUCAACGAGAAUCUAAUGAGGCUAAAACAAGAACAAGAGAAGAAGAGAGCGAAGAGGCAAAUAGAAGAGAAAAGAGUCAAGAAAACAGAAGCAAUCGGAAAUCCAAAAGCAGAUGGUUUAGUCACACAGAAAGUCGCUCCGGACAAAGUGAAAUUAUUAACGAAGAAAGAAAUAAAAGAUAGGAAAGAAGUUAUAAAGCAGACUAACGGACAAGUUAGUGAAGAGAAGAAGUUGAAAAAGAAAGAUAAAGAAGAAAUUAGGAAACCGGUGAAGUUGGUAGCUGCUGAAAUGGAUAGGUCUAAGAAGCCGGUGGAAAAUGGAGUGCACAAGCCGCACAGCGCUAAAAGUGUAGCAGGCUCUAGCACACCUUACGACCACAAAGCUCAACUCAUAGUAUCGUUAGACGAACCGGAUUCACGGAAACAGAACGGCGAACGAAUCACGCCCGAGCGGCAAAUAGUUCAAACGGAUCAAACGGACCAAAUGAAUCAAACGAAUCAAAUGAAUCAAAUGAACCAAACGAGAAAGUGGCAAUGCGGUACAUGCACGUAUUUGAACAAGGACAGUUUGCAAGCGUGCGAAAUGUGCGGUAAGUCGAAGAAGGGCCCAGAAAUAGAGCCCCUAACGUCUGGUGGAAGGGAGUGUCCUACUUGUACGUUGGUUAACAAGCGGGAAGCGAGGGCCUGUGACGCGUGCGGUACUAGUUUGGACCAUUGCCCCACUUAUAUUUGAAUUAUCGAUUAUUUUGUUGAAUUGGGGGUAGUUUUGGAAACUAUGAUUUUGAGGGUAGUUCGAGUUUUUCACUGACUUGCCAAAAAGAAGGUUCUCAUUUUGGUCGGUUUUUUCUUUAUAUGAGUUAAUAUGGUAGCAAUAUGUGUGAUUCAGUAAAAUAUUUGUUAUUUUAAUACAAAUCUUUAAGAAGCCUAUGUAAAAGUUUACAUAACUCCCCCCCUUUGACUGUAACAUAGUCGAUAUAAAUACAGGAGUUUUGUCAAACCUCACAUAUAUUAUUUUUGUUUAGAUAGUCGUUCGUAAUUUUAUAGUUACACAUACCUCUAAAUCUCAUUUUGUGUUUGUGUAUUGAUAGAUAUCAGAAAUUAUUUUGUGUACAGGUCAAUUAAAUAUUUUAUCCUAUAGUUCAUAUUUGUAGGGUAUGUUUUGUCGCUAUUUCCAUAAAAAUCAAUAUUAAAAGUGAAUUGUAGUCAAUAACACAAAUUACACCUUAUGGCUCUAUGUUUUAAAGUUUAUUUUUAAAUAACCUGAGGGAUUUAAUCGAUUGACUUGACUUAGAUUUUUUACAAUAUCCAAAUCUAUUUUGAUCCUAUAGGAGUGGUCAAGAAAUUAAUAUAACCUAAAAAUAUAGGAUUUUAAGUGAGGUCUAAUUUUUUAUUCAGUCAUAUUGAAGAAUAUAUAACGAAAUAACAUUUAAUGGCUGCGUUCUAAAAUAACACGCAUUUUCAAAAUGCAUUUUAUAAGUUUGUAUUUAGAUCGUAGUCCUAGCUGAAAUUAUUAUCUCUGUUUUGCUCAGACAAUAGGGAAUGUUAAUGGGCUAGAGUAGGACGGCAUUAUCGUAUAUUUAUUAGCGUUGCAUUCGAUUUUAAUGCGAGUUUGGAAUAAAUGUGUAUUGGGAAUGUUUUCAUAAUUUAUUUUGUUUUUUUAAUAUCUGUCCAUUGUUUUUUGUAACUUAUAGUGAGUGUAUUUAAUGGGAAUGUUAUUUUUAUUUUUUAUUGUUUAAAAAUUAAAAUUAUGAAUGCAAGCGAUCUUGUUACAUUAUAUAGAUAUAUUUCUAUUUAUAAAUAUAAUGCGGCACUAUUUAAAAUGGAGGGAAAUUUUCCGGGCGUUAUUUCUAUUAAAAAUAUACAGUCAAACAUUAAAAAGAUUGUUUUUUUAAAUAUUGUAAAAUAUUAUUUUUUCAAACAAUAACUUCUUAUUAAAAAUUAAAAUGUAGUGAUUUCACUUCUUCCAAAUUUACCUUUUUGUGUUUGUUAUUUUGGCGCCUUUUGUAAGAGAUCUUGAUCGUUUAAAGUUUAAACCAGAAGAUGGCGUUGGUAUGAAUAAUUUAUUAGCAUAACUUAUAAAAUAUGUACACUUUUUAAUAAAGUUUGA